AUGUCCGAAGCAGGGCCAGCUCCGUACAAAUACGUUGUUGCGAACUUUGAAGGGUUCGAGUAUUGGAAGGCAAGGGAAAUAAAAUACUCCUCUAUUGACUGCAUCAACGACCCUACCCCCGAGAAUUUCAAACAGACUUACCUCCAUGAACUAUAUGACUACGACCUCGAGUUUGUGCGGGAUACUAUUGCGCUCGUCAACAAAAACGAGAAGCGACUUCAAGGCACUGGAUAUAGCUAUUAUUUUUCGGGGUUAAGCCAAUUGCCUCCCGAAUCUAAGACGAGGCAUACGUAUAGUCGUACUAUAUUCAAGCUUUAUUUGAAACUUGGAAGACCUCAGGUUCUACCUAUAAGCAAACCUUCCGAGCAUUUACAUGAAGUAUCGAAGGAUGCUUGGGAUACAUUGACAGGGAUGCACACCCCUGCUUCCACCAUUUCAUAG